AAUGAAAUCCACAGCUGCAAAGGAGGAGGAAGAAGAGGGAGGGUCUGUGAGAGAGAUACCCACAAGAAUCGGACUGGCGACGGGAGGUUUAGAGGUGGUUAGCUAGCUACCGAAACUAAUCAAAGGGACACCCGUACUAGUAUGGGAAUCAUCAAUUGGGUUUAUGACAAAAAAACAAUAAAUCAGAUUCCGGUACUGUACCCUUCGGGAAAUCGUGGAAGCGUCAUUCAACGUGAACGGCUUUGACACCUCGCUGACAACAUGGCUGAAUUUAGCAUCGAUCAGAACAAACUGCCUGGAGUAAAAGAAGUUGUUCGGGAUUUUGCUGUUCUGGAGGACCACUGCCUGGCCCAUAACCUCCAGGAGCAGGAGAUCGAGAGCCACUUGGCGUCCAACGUCCACAAGAGCCGUCUGGUGCAGCAGGACGUAGCGUUGGCCAAGCAGCUGCAGGAAGAGGAGGACCGGAGGGCCAAGGCCAAGGCCCACAGACAGCACAGAGACAUUGAGCGCAGUGACAAUGAGAUCGCCCAGGAGAUUCAGGAGGAACUGGUCCGACAGGCCAAGCAGCAGCGGAUGCAGGAGGAGAAGGAUGCGGCCAUUGCUCGUAAACUGCAGGAGAAAGAGAGGAAGGAGGAGAGGAAGCGACAGAAGCAGCUGGAGGCCAACUUUGAGGAGGAGUACUACGAGGAUAAUGCCAUCCGAGCCUCUCUGGACCUGGAUGAAAAACCCAGGCGGCCUGGUUCUAACUCUCUCUCUUCGGAGAGAGAUGCUGUGGAGACUAGAACCAACUCUCUUUCCAGAUACCCUGAGCACCAUUUAGAUGGUAGGGGAGAGGGGAGAAGGGGCAGGCAUGGAGACGCACACCCUGAGCACCACCGCUACAGUAGCAGGGGCAAACAUGGGGACAGGUACCCCGACUACCACCACCCCACUGAGGGUAGAAGCAGAGGGAAGGAGGGCCAGAGGAGCAGAGACCACCAGGGGUCCCAGUCAACCUUCUUUGCAGACAACCAUGAGCCCAGGAAACAGCGAGAGGAGGAGGGGGAUAGGGUGGUCAGGAGGAAGGAGAGGCCCGCCCGGCCGCCCCCGCCGUCCCAUAUCCCUGUUAAGAGAGACGAGGCUUGGGACAGGGAUAGAGAGAGACACCGGGAGUGGGAGAGAGAGGGGGAAAGAGACAGACGGAGAGAACCCAGGAGAGAUGAGGAAAUUGAGAGAGACGCACCAAGACAGGGAAGACACGGGGAGCGAUUGAGAGACCAAGAGCAUUGCCGAGACAAAGACAGACACCGAGAGAGAACCAAGAGCAGGGAGCGAGGUCUGGAUGAAGUCCAGGACGAGCCCAUCCCCAGUAGCCGCAGCAGGGCCUGGGACGGUGGUGGGGAGGAGGCCCCUUUCCCUGGGGAUGAUGAAGAGGAGAAAGGGGGGGCCAGGGCCCGCCUGACGCUCCACUCUGGCCCCAGUGAGCUGUGUGAGGAGGUGGCGAGGAGGAGCCCCAGGAUGGGGAGAGAGAGAGGGGAGAGGGGACACAGGGACCCUGGGGAGGGCCCCAGCACGGGCAAGGAGCGCUCCCAUACUCACCCCGCUCCCAGGGAGCCAGGUCGUAUCGUGCAAGGAGGACCAGGGGGUCGUGGAGCAGUGGUAAUGGCAGGGAAUUACGGACUCGGCGAGGCCACCCAGGGCAUCACUAAGCUGGACCUGCGGGAGCAGGAGCUGCUGGACAUGGAGGUGGCCCGGAAACUACAGGAGGAAGAGGUGAAGGCAAGCAAGAUGGACAAGCGUGCGGCCCAAGUGGCUCAGGAUGAGGAGAUAGCCCGGCUGCUGAUGGAGCGGGAGAAGAUGGAGUACAAGAAGUCCAGAGAGAAGGAGAAGCAGGGGAUGAGGCCGGAAGAGAGGAGGAGGCCAGAGGGAGGAGACUGCAAGCCAAGCUCAGAGGAGGUAGUGCAUCCCAGACUACGAGAGGAGGAAUACCAGAAGCCCAGGAACCACCAAAAGCCUGCCAGGCCUUCUCAACCUCCUCCACAUGACUAUGAGAAUGUGGAGUCCAGCUACUCAGGGAGCCACUAUUCUUCCGGGUCUCCAGCCAGACCUGAGGCAGCUUUCAAAGGUGUCUAUUACAGACAGUGACCGAGGCUUCCUAAGCCAUCCAUCUGAGUUUAUUUUGAUUUUUUUUCUUUGCUGUAUUUUUAAAACUCCCAUCA